AUAAUUCCCACAGCUAAGAAAGAAUUGAAGAAGAAGAAAAAUUAGGAGAAGAAAGAAUCAAGCAAGGUGGAUAUGGAGAAGAGUACUGAAAAGGGUAAUGGUGUCAGUGGUGGAGCUGCUGCUUCUAGGUCUCCAAUGGCUUUGAUGGGGUCGUCGAGAUAUGAAAAUGAAGAGCUAGAUACCGGCAUGCGAACUGCCGAGACCAUGCUGCGUUUGGUCCCGAUGGCUUUAUGUGUUGCUGCACUUGUUGUCAUGCUCAAGAAUUCUCAGUCCAAUGAGUUUGGUUCUGUUUCCUACUCAGAUCUUGGAGCUUUCAGGUAUCUGGUGCAUGCAAAUGGCAUAUGUGCAGGCUAUUCCUUUCUUUCUGCUAUCAUUGCGGCCAUGCCUCGUCCCUCCACAAUGCCUCGAGCUUGGACCCUCUUCCUCCUAGAUCAGAUUCUAACAUACAUAAUUUUGGCUGCGGGUGCUGUGUCAACGGAGGUGCUCUACCUGACAAACAAAGGAGAUGCAGCUGUCACCUGGAGUGCAGCUUGUGGGACGUUUGCCAGUUUCUGUCAUAAAGCCACAACAUCAAUAAUCAUCACAUUCGUUGUAGUAGCUUGCUAUGCGGCGCUGUCACUAAUCUCUUCCUACAGGCUUUUCAGCAAGUAUGAUGCACCUGUGAACUAGCCCAGCAAGAGUUUUGAGACGACGGUCUUCAACGGGUAAUAUUACUGUUUAAUUUCAAUGUCAAAUUCUGAUUGUAAUAAUUAAGAACAGCUUUGCCUAUAGAGGUGCUUUCUUUCGUGCCCUUUAUGUAAUCGGACUGCUUACCUCAACCCCAUGUAUGUUGUAUCAUUUGUUGUGUGUGACGCCAACAAUGACAGACUGAUACCAUUGAAGUUUCAGACACUUACACGUGAAAAAGUCCCGGAUUUGAUUUAUUUUAUUUUAUUUAUUACAUUUCAA